CUCAUUUACUAAUCUUCGGUUUCUUAUUGUUCAAUAUACAUAUACAAUUAAGAUGAUGCAGCAUCGGAGUGUCGUUAUUCUAGUGAUCAUCCCUUUAAUGAUACUGCAAAUACUGUUGAUGCAACCCAAUGAAGCUCAAGCUAGUAGAGUCCUGGACCAAGAUAAUGUGUUAAUGCUGCAGUCGCUGCAGAGGGGGCCUGUCCGUCCUUCAGGACCAAAUGGGUGCACUUACAUUCCUGGACGUGGUGGCGCGCCGUGCACCAGCCAGCGGGGCUUCGCCGGACGUGCUGUGGCGGCCCCAAAUGCCUACCCUGAUAACCUAAUGGUUCCUUUUGGUGUUGCAGCUAAUCAGAAAUGAAAAUCAUGCUAGAGUACGUGAAGGUCAUGCGUCCCAAGCUAGCUAGCUAGCUAGCUAUGUCUCCAAUUAGUUGUUUAUUAUUACCUUUUUUCUGUAUAAAUUAACAUAAAUACAUAAUCAAUAUACGCAAGUUAAACAUGUACGAUAAUUAAGAAGUAUAUAUAAAUAACUUAAUAAAGCAUGCGAAUAGAACACUUA